CAUGGCUUCCUCCUCUUGCUUGCCUCGCCUUUCAUGGCUUGACUAGUCCGAUGAGUUCUUCCUUCCCAUGUUUGCUAUUCUGAGCAGUUAGGGCAGGGAGAGUCAUUUGCGGUGGCUGAAGCGAGAUAGAGCGAGAGUCCUUAUGGGUUACACAACAAGCGCGCCACGUCAGACCUCCAGGCAUGCGCGCGUAUCUACUGGCACGCAGCGCGAGAGUGUCAGAUCGGGUAAGGAGCGCGCGGAACCUCGUACAUGUCGUGACGAUGACGUGUCAGGUGACAGCUACUCGGAGGAAGAGCACGCCGGCACAAGUAGAGUUGAUAGCAGAGCUGGCGGGAAAAACGGCGGCAGAAUCGGUAGCGGUAGUAGCAGUGCCCGGGGAAAAGGAGAUGGACGGAGCAGAAAGGACGACACAGGUAGAACCGAUAGCCGCCGCGAACGUAGGAGUGAUGAAUGCCUGGAUGAGGAUAGCACUGAGUACGAGAGUAAUGACGAGCAUACGGAUAGCGAGGACGUCUUUAGCGAGAACGAGGAGGCCAGUACCGGCAGCGACGAUGACGACGGCAGCGAUAGGUCGUUGUCGCCUCGAAGCGGUAGCGGUAGACGCCACAGAAGGCGCGAUUCGGACGACAGCCCACGCCGGCGCUCCGGCUCGCGAUCUCCGCGCACCCCUGAGUCAGCGCGGUCUCCGCGAGACGCGAAGUCGUGGAGCGGUUCCGACGACGACGCGUCGAAAUCUAACCGAUCGAGUCAGUCGAGCCGGUCGAGCCGCUCGCCGGAUUCGUGCAGAAAGCAGCCGCGCGACAGGCGGCAGAAUAGGCCGGUAGCGGAGAGGACUGCGGGCCGGGGAGGCGACGGCACAAGGCGGCAGCCGCGGGAUAGCCCCCGACGUGGCGGAUAUGAGCGAGAGAGGGAGCGAGAGCGGGAUGAGGGGAAGGGGGAACGACUGAGUCCGCUGAAACAUCCGCCAACACAGCAGCAGCAGUCGCACGUACCUUCUCAUUCCGAGAGAUCUCACCCGCCGAAGCAGCAGCAGCAGCAGCAGCAGCAGCAGCAGGAACAGGUGCGGGUUCCGUUGAACAGUUACCGUCGCUCGCAGUCCGCGGGCCGGUCCGAGCAUCGAGAUUACCGAGAAUCCAACUGCCACGGGGAACCUAGUAACGAGUACGAGGAGAAGUACGUCAGCCGCAGCAGGGCACGGGCAUCAGCGGCGUCGGUGGAUUUUUCUCACAGGAAUCCGCCCGGACUUUACGCGCAGGAGCACGAGCAUUCAAACGAGCAGGCGCAGGAGCAGGAGCAGCACCACCAGUACCGCCAGCAGCACCGCCAGCAGCGGAUAGCUGCAGUCCCGCUUCCGCAGCAUAAGCGCUACGCUUCCGCCGCCGCCGUCCCCGCAAAGCAGCGCUCCGCAAGUCUCUCCGCGGUGUCGCUAGACCAGGCGGCCGCCGCCAUCGCCGGCGUCGCUGGCGGCGACGAUCCCGCGGAGCCUAUUUAUGCCAGCAGUGCCGCCUACUCCGGCGCUGGCGGCGGGAAUUGCGGGGCGCCAUUGCCGGGGGGGAACGCUGCGGGAGGGCGCACGGCUUCCGCCCAGGCGCGGUCAAUGCGGAAAUGCAUCAGCGGGGAUCGUGCUAGUCUGGCGGGCGGUUCGAUGGAUCUAGACAGGUGCAAGCAGGGAGGUCUGGGGAUAGGCGCACGUGGUGGCGCUGGUGGCGCAGGGGGGUGUAACGCGCCGCGGCCAAGUGGUAACCAGCCAGGUAACCAGCAAGGCGUACAGCCGUUGAGGCAGAACGUUCGUCCAUCUGCGAUUGGCCGAAGCAUGAGCGUUCCGGAUGACGAACUCGAGCGAACUGCACCAGGUGGUGGUUACCAGCAGCACCAGGGGCAGGGUCACAGCCACGGGCAGGGGUAUAUGCACGGGCAGAUGAACGGGCAGCCGGAAUACGCAUACCGGCAGCCCGGCCCAGGAAAACUCCAGAUGAAGGCUCUUCGUCGCGCACAGUCAGGCCGUCUCGAUUCCAGUAACAGGGCUGCCAAUAACGGAUCACCUUCCACCAGCAGCAGCACCAGCGGCAGCAGGCGAAGCGCAAUGCCGCGGUCCAUGUCAGCUAGAGCGCCGUCCCCCAACCCGCCCUUCCUCCCAAACGGCCUAAUCGACCUUUACCCCGCAGAGCCACUGUCCCCUAGGGAGAUUCAGACCCCUGUGGGCGCCCCCCCCGAGAGGAGGGAGUUCCCUGCCCUCCCCAUGCUCGACAUCCCCUGGUGCUCCGCUGAUAGCCCCCGCUCCCCCCCCAAACCCAUCAACGUCGGCCCGCCCCUCCGACCCUGCAGCUUAGGUCAGGCAUCCGCAGCAGCGCAGCAGGUUCGGGCUGGGGGGAGGAUUGGGAUGAAGUCAGGGCAGGGGAUGGGGGCGAGUGGUAGGGAGGGGGGUGGGGGGAGGGGAGGGGGGGAGAGCAGCAUGAGUGUGGAGAGGCGGGUAAAGGCGCAGGCAGCAAGGCAUGCAGUGCGUGUGGUGGAGCUGGGGGCGCCGGCAGAAGGGGGGGCACCACCUGGCAUGGGGGCAGUAGCAGGUGCGGCCGCAGGGGGGGAGGUGGGUGCAGCGGCAGUGGCAGGGCAGGUCAAGAAGGGGCACUUGAGGGGGCUCUUUGCAAGUUGGGGCGGGCACUAGCUAGCGUGCGUCUAUUGGGUAUGGUGCAGGCCCUCAGAUUCGUUUUAGGCCACACUGAAUUUUCAGGGUAGGUGCACAAAGGCACCCUGAAAACUCCCUGAAAAUCAGGGUUGGUUGGUAGUACUGUUUUUCAAACAAGUAAGCCCCGUUUUUUCAGAGGGCCUGGUAUGCUGCAAUGGGCUCUCACAGCCUUCAGGCUGCCAUAGGUGCUUUGGGAUCUGCACCUUUUGCUUGAGUUGAGACGACUCUAGUCUGUGAAGAUUGUAGGUA